UUUUGCUAGGUGCUGUUUUAUUUUUUCUUGCGUCUUCGAGUGGAGCUGACUUGGUGUCGCCAUGUCUGGCCGUGGGAAGCAAGGGGGCAAAGCAAGAGCUAAGGCGAAAUCUCGCUCAUCUCGAGCGGGGCUUCAGUUCCCCGUCGGUCGUGUCCAUCGCCUUCUCCGCAAGGGCAACUACGCGGAACGAGUUGGUGCAGGCGCCCCUGUAUAUUUGGCUGCGGUGUUGGAGUAUCUCACGGCUGAGAUCUUGGAGCUCGCCGGUAAUGCUGCCCGGGACAACAAGAAAACCAGAAUCAUCCCCCGUCAUCUCCAGCUGGCGGUCCGCAACGACGAGGAAUUGAACAAGCUAUUGGGAGGAGUUACUAUUGCCCAAGGUGGAGUCUUGCCUAACAUCCAAGCAGUUCUCCUGCCCAAGAAGACUGAGAGCCACAAGCCUAAAGGCAAAUGAAGCUGUUGCUGCUCGAACAAAUAUCCGCGUGACACAAAAGGCUCUUUUAAGAGCCACCCACAAUCUCAAAAAAGGGGCUGAUACUUAAGUCAGAAUGUGGGAAGUGCUAUGCCUCUGCCAGUAAUGAAUGAAGUUUUCCGUGUGUGUUUAUGCUAGGAAUGUAUGUAUGUAUAAAUGAAAUAGGCACUUUUUUUAGACUGUU